CUCUCUCAAUAUGUGUAUCUCUUCUUGAUUUCUUGAUCAUGCUAGAAGUGUGUAUGAAUGCAUAUAUAUACCCCACUCUAACUAACUCCAACCGAGCCGUGAUCCCAUGCGCUCAACCUCACGUACACCCUCAUGCACAACUAACUUAACUAACUAGUCAAGCUUGAUGUUGUGAGACGCAUUUGGUUAACAAAAUCAAUCUUGAAUAAUCUCAUCUACCUCGUGCUUGUGAUACGAAUGAUCUUAAUAUUAGGACAUACUACUAUAUUUUGCAAGGGUUGAAUUAAAUGAUAGAGAAGCUAUGAGAUGAACACAUUGACCAAAAAGCCAAAAAAGUAUAAAAAGACGAAUCUGUAGAUAGGAAAUACUAGGAAAUACUUAUUUACAACCACAUCCACAUGUAUAUGAAGGGUUUGGAAAAGAGAUAGGAGCAGGGAUGGGGGCGGUGAGGGCAUUUUCAGGUGCAGGGUGCCGCAGCAGAGAUGAAGUAUACGUAGCAGCUGUGGCCUUGAAGGGACCUGCUCAGCUGCUCUUCUCUCUCAAUUUAUGGGAUUUGCAGCAUUUCAUGGUCAUCACCAAACCCUCUUCCUCUUCUUAUCCUCUUACAGUAUAUGACUUUCAGCCACAGGAUCCUGAAAGUAUAUGGCUGGCUGCUGCUGCCUUAUCUCAUACAAAAAUACCUGGAGCUAUUCUGGUGAGGAAGCUCUCAAAACUUCCUCAGAGGAAAUGUUGGUUUGUAGGCUAUACCAAAGAAGAUGCAGAUGUCCACACAUUCAACCCCACCUGGGAAACUCACCUCCUUGUCGGGUCCCAUGAUUGUCGACAUUAUACUCAAGGCCUUGUAGAGCACCUAACAGGCAACAAAUGUAUACUAGACCAUCUCAGCGAGACGUCUAGCAAAAGGAAAAGCUAUAGCCGAUGGUGAGUCAUGUGGGAAGCGGAAAUCUGUGGGGGGCGUCCCUGCACAAACCAAGAGACCUCAGUUAAGGAUCAAGAGAACUACUCGUUUUUUUUGCGCAUUCUGAAGUCUCUGAACGAAAGGCAGAAAAAUGUUGUAAGGCAGCUCAGCUUCGGAGGACUUCUCGAUUUUGACGUUACCUCUGUACACACGAUAGAGAAUAUGAAAUUAUAUGUAAAAUAUGGCGUUGACAUUGAAAUAAUAUACAA